UCAAAUUUCACCUUAAUGAGGCUGACACUUUUCAGCUUAUCCACGGGCAGCUCCUUUAUGUAUUCCAGACGGCUAAAGAAGAAAGUCUUUGGCACAGCACCGGCCUUGAGAGCAUCGGCAAUCAACCUGCGACCCUCCAGCAGUAUCUUCCCUUUCUUUUCCCGAAACGGCCUGGACUUAACUAUUGUCAUGACACUGCUAUAGCCUCUUGUCCCCGGGAAAAGCUUUGUCGUAGCGAAGGCCCGACUCUUCCCAGGAGCCGGGCGUAGGAUGCGAGGGCACCUGAAGCGGCUGCUGUUGCCGUUCCUGGGGACUGGCCUCAGGUGCCGCCUUCGGGGCUGCUGCCCCCGACCCGGCUUCCGCUCUACAACCUGUCCGCCUGGAAGCACCACUCUCACCGGGCUCCUCCGCAGUGCCCGGACCCAGCGCCUAGCGCGACGUCCCAAGCCUGGACCACUGGCAGCAGUGGCCGCACGGCGCAUCCCACGCCCUUCACCAGCGCCGCCAUCUUCCCUGGGUCCGGCGCUGCGUCAUGUGAGCGCGCCAGCGGCGCACAGUGACAUCACAGGCCCGGCUGCGUCAUCCGCCAGCGGUGCGGCGCUGUACGUGUGUGGAGGGAGUCAUGGCUGGUCGCGGGCGCUGCACUUCGUGUUCAAAGUGGGAAACCGCUUCCAGACGACGCGUUUCUACCGUGAUGUCCUUGGGAUGAAGAUUCUGCGGCAUGAGGAAUUUGAAGAAGGCUGCAAAGCUUCCUGUAAUGGGCCUUACGAUGGGAAAUGGAGUAAAACCAUGGUGGGAUUUGGGCCUGAGGAUGGUCAUUUUGUCGCAGAGCUGACUUACAAUUAUGGCAUCGGAGGCUACAGACUUGGCAAUGACUUCAUGGGUAUCACCCUGGCUUCUAGCCAGGCUGUCAGCAAUGCCAGGAACAUGGAGUGGCCGCUCAGCGAAGUUGCAGAAGGUGUUUUUGAAACCGAGGCCCCAGGAGGAUAUAAGUUCUAUUUGCAGAAUCGCGAUCUCCCUCAGUCAGAUCCUGUAUUAAAGGUAACUCUAGCAGUGUCUGAUCUUCAGAAGUCGUUGAACUACUGGUCUAAUCUACUGGGAAUGAAAAUUUAUGAAAAAGAUGAACAGAAGCAGAGGGCUUUGCUGGGCUAUGCUGACAACCAAUGUAAGCUGGAGCUACAGGGUAUCAAGGGUACGGUUGAUCACGCAGCAGCUUUUGGAAGAAUUGCCUUUUCUUGCCCCAAAAAAGAGUUGCCAGACAUAGAAGACUUGAUGAAAAGGGAGAACCAGAAGAUUCUGACUCCCCUGGUGAGCCUGGAUACCCCAGGGAAAGCAACAGUACAAGUGGUCAUUCUGGCAGACCCUGAUGGACAUGAAAUUUGCUUUGUGGGGGAUGAAGCAUUUCGAGAACUUUCCAAGAUGGAUCCAGAGGGAAGCAAAUUGUUGGAUGAUGCAAUGGCGGCAGAUAAAAGUGAUGAGUGGUUUGCUAAACGAAAUAUACCAAAGGCUUCAGGUUAACGGAAGACCUCACUUGGAAACAAGCAUUUGUGACUUCAGCACCCGUGAGCCUGAUGCGUCCAUUCAUGAUAAACGCCCUUGCAACUUGGUUGUUUCCUGUACAGGCUAGGAGGCCAGCGUGAUGAAGAUUUGUGAUUUCUAAUCUUUGAGAGCUCUGAUAUGUUACAGAUAUGAAAUCCUGUUAUUAUUGGUCCAAGUAGAGGUGAACUCUUGCUGUAAUCUGCUCUGUCACGGGAAUGACACAUUCUGUGUGCAACUGUAUUAAUAACAAAUUCUUUUCCCAAUAUGGGACAGCUGUAUGGGAUAUUACCCUUGGUUGGGGAUAGAGGGAAUUUUGAUGACCUAUGAGUGGUGUAAAAUUUAUGAAAGCACAACUACUCAAAUAAACUCUAAUCAAUCGUUUGUAACAGUAAUAUUCCCUGCACCUGAUAAGGAAUCAUUACUAUUACGCCAUCCCAGUGUCUUACUCUGUCAGGUCUUGACAUUUAAACAGUGUUAAUGUUCCUUGGAUGGACCAAAAGAUUUGGUUACUUGGCACCCUCGUCAUCAUCCUUGCUAUUUUAAAUUUUGAGGAAACAGAGAAGACAGACAGGAAGGGUUUAAUGUGCUGAGUGUUGCCACAUUCUGGCUCUGUGUUAGUUUCUUUUAAUGUUUUCUUGUAGUUUUCUCUUUGGUUCUUUAGAACAAGUAGGUUUUAAUCCCUGAAAACAAUUAUAUUGAGUAUAUCCAUUAUUAAAUUUUUUUGUGUAUGUGCUUCUGGUAUCAAGCUGUUACACCAGUCUUUGAGAAUUUGAGACUUAUUGUUUAAAGUGGUAACAGGUUCCAAUUUUAGGGAAAAAACUGAAGAGAAUUGACCCAGAGGAUACAACUUUCAGACUAACAUAAAAUUACUCCUAGCUUCAGCAGUUCUCCCUUGCUGGCAGGGUAGGGCGUGGAAAUUUCUGGGUGAGUUUCAGCACACCUUGUUAUAACAGUAACCGUACCUUCACUGAGAGAAAAGAAUCUUCAUCCUGCUCCAAAACACUUCUCAUUCAACUUCAAUUUAAAUUCUCUAAGGGAAGCAGUUAGGAGUUUCGGAGGAAGCCAAACCCAGUUAUAUAUGCCCCUCCUCUAAGUAAUUAGUUCACUUUUGUAUACGUGGGCAAAUUAUAUGAAUUUUGGCUAAUCGGGUAAGCUUCUUGGUGUUCCUUUAUACUAUGAUUUGUGAAUUCUCAGAUUUUCUAUUAGAUUAAGUAAUGCUGGAGGUUUACCUCUAGUAAUACUGUCCUUAUGGGGGGAAAAAAAAAGGAAACAAAUUUUUCCAAUGUACUACGCUACUGUGUCAUGUGGACUUGUAAGUUUGUUAAAAUAAGUGGUUUAUGUAAGUACUGAAUGACUAAAGAACACAUACUAAAUUCUG